AUGACGGAUCCUGUGCGCCGCGAUCCCACGGAGUUUCUUCGCGUCCUCCGCCGCAUGUCGCGAACGACAUCAUGGCAGAAAACAAUGCUCUUUGCUUCAAAGGGCCGCAUGGUGGGUUACAGGCUUACGCGUGAGCACUACAAUACUGUUCUCUUCUCCCAGUCACUCUGGGGGCGUGCGUUGGAAAUUGUGCGGGUUGUGCGGGCGAUGCAGGAGGACAAGGUGCAACCCAACGGUGCAACGUACUACUACAUUGUUAACGGCAUGGGAAACGCCGAUCACGGCUGGAAUUACGACUUCAGAAUAAAUCGUCGAUUGGAGAAAAUACAACACUGGCGUGUUGCAUUGGAGGCGUUGGAGGCGUGCGAAGCUAAUGGGUUUGACUCAACCGACACUAUGCACAACUCGGCAUUGAUUACACUGGUGAUCCCAGGUUUUAAUAGGUGGCAGCAGGCGAGUCUUUUGUUACAGCGGAUGCUCCGGGAGGACCGUCGCAUGCAUCCCACAAUGGUGAAGUUUUACCAUGACUGUUUAGUACGCAACAACAGACCGCGGGAGGCUAGUUCUCUCAUGCGUCUUGCCGCAGAGCGGGGGGUGCACGGGUACGAAGACAAAUGGGAGGCGGACGUAUAUAAGGGACGGCCACUAGAUAGUGAAGUUAUGAAUGAGAGCGAAGGAAAUGGGCUGCGGCGGCAAGCUUCCUCCCUCGCUUUCGCUUCACUGAUGUUGCGUGGUGAUCAGAGGCCGCUGCCAGAGAAUUUGCAGGCACUACUGGAGGAAGAAACCACGAGGAAUAUUGAAGCGGAGCGCUCCGUUCCCGUACCGUUUUCUGCAGGGCUUCAUGCUACUGAAAUAAAUAGCGUGUUCCGGCCGCGUGUGUACAGACAGUUAUGGUACAAGUGGCAGCACAUCGCCAACCGCUACCGGCCCACGGCCGCUCUCAAACGGCGGCAGCUCGCCCCACGGGAUUCUCCAACUGGUAUUCCGGGGUUUUACCGUAUUUGA